ACGAGUCACUUCACUUUCUUGUACUUGUUUCACAUAAUUAAAAUGGAGGAGGAACUAGGACCCCUCCUAGGGUUGUUCUGAGGAGGAAGAGGAAAGUCACGUGUGGUGAGUAUGCAACAAAGAGAGGCUGUUAGUCUACAGGAGGUUGGGCAAGUUGAAGGAGAGGGAGUCUUGCAUCUGUUGUAAAUGAUUCAGAAGAACCAGCGAUCUUAACUGUGCUCACCUGAAUGCACUAUCAGCCGCUUUGGAGGCCAUGGACAGGGCUACCACUUGAAUCAUGGCAAUAUCCAGAGCUGCAAACUUUAAGGACGAGGAGCCGUGGUGAGGAGGGCAGACCCAAGGAUGGAAUGCUUGGAAGAACCAUCAGUUUCACAGGGAGGAGUAGAAACCAUGGCUCAGAACUGAGACCCGAGGUCCCGCCGGACCGUGAGGUGGCCCUGCCUGGUGCACGCUUUUUCAGUUUUGAAGAGCUGCCCAAGCAGUUCCAAGAAGAGUUGAUCACAUUUAUGUCAAGGAGCCAAGCGCUUUCUCUGAAGUGUGCAGAACCGGAAGGGAAGAGUCGGCAUGUUCAGAUUCAGUCCUUCGCCGCGACCUCAGUACCUGUCCUCUGUGAGGCCCCCGCCCCCCAAGGCCUCCUGCCUCCUUCCCACCACAUCCAGGAGGUGGGCUGCUCCAUCUCUACUAGGGACUGGGAGACUUCUGCCAGGACCGUGCCCUGCUCUACCAGGGACUUCGCCUGUGGACACAGGAGACAGGACCGGAGGCGCGGGGCUGCGCCCUUCAGAGGAGAGGUGGUGUUUGCAGGAUUUGGUGAAUGAUUGGCUGUGAAAGAUGAAGAAGGAGGAGUCACAGACGACCCUGAGGUCUCUCCAUUCGUGACUUGUUGGAUGGUGGUGCAAACAAGGACAUAGGAGCAAAAGCAACUUUGGUGAGAAAAGCAAUGUGUUCAGUUUUGGAUCUGAUGCAUCUGAGAUGCCUCUGGGACAGCCAGUGUGGAUACUCGGUGAGUGACUAGAUGGUUAGCUAUGCAGUCAGGAAAGAUGAUGGACUGCUGAAAAAGGUCUGAGUGUCACUGGAACAAAGGCAAUAGUCAAAGAAAUGGAAAUGCGUGAAUUCAGUUACGGCAGACUUCUCCAUCCGCCCCAGCAGGCCCAGUGCUUAGUACCCACAAAAACGUGAGCAGAAAGUGAGUGAAGGGGCAGACAGAAAUUGGGGAGAAACGUCAGCUACUUUGUUGUCGUUUUAUCAGCCGCUAAGUUGUGUCUGAUUCUUUCACGACCUCAUGGACUGUCUCCUGCAUUGCAGGCAGAUUCUUUUACCACUGAGCCACCAGGGAAGCCGCAGUUACUUUGUUGGUUGAAAGCGUGUUAGUCGCUCCAUUGUGUCUGACUCUUUGCAAACCCACUGUCCAUGGCAUUCUCCAGGCAAGAAUCCUGGAAUGGAUGGCCAUUCCAUUCCC